CAACUCAAUCUAAUAGCUCCGUCGACUUGUUACCCCUAUCACACAAUCUCUCCGAUCCGACGCCAAAAGCAGUCAAUUUCCAUCGGAGAAGAUGCAGCAGAGGAAAACGACGGCGGCUGGUAGGCCAAGUGGUACCGAUGGAUCUGAUUUCUCGUACCGAAUGGUCGUUGACUCUCGUUACACGAAGGUCACUAAAGGGAGAUCUCGUCUCCGUCUCUUGAUCCUUGUUCAGGCUACGAUUUAUCUGAUUGGACUGUCGUGUGCAUUCAUGACAAGUACUAAAAAUGAUGAGAGGAACACACUUGGAAUUGCAUCUGCUGCUACUGGCUUACUCUUUUCAUUCAUUGCAGAUUUUGGUUGCAGACGCAGCAGAGUAAACCUUUUGAGGCUCUACACGGCUGCCUCCACCGUUGUCAUGGUUCUUUCUGUGUUUUCUGCUGUUAGGAGCAGAUUAACAAUGGAGGAACGGAAUAGCUCUGGAACAGCAGCUAAGCUUGAGCUCUUAGGGUUCGUUUCUGCUCAAUUGGGAGCGGUGGUGCAGAUAUUAGCAAUCAUCGUUACGGGUUCCCUUGUCAAUAAUAUGUCUCCGCCUACGAAGACAGAAUAGAGAAGACAAGAGAGUUU